UUCCCCAUUUCUAUAAAACAGACAGAGCUUCAGUAUCACAUGCAUGUCAUAUACGCACUUGGUCCUAGCACAAGAGACAUCAAACUCAGGUAGAGUCUAUUGAUAAAAUUACGCAGUAAUGUCUGAGGAUAUCUAUGCCAUGCCAGACCUCUCCAAAAAAGUGAGAUUUCACACAGGGGAGGAGGCAGACGGUAAUGCAGAUGUCUGCAAAAUCACAGACGAUGUGAACAUUUAUGACAACUACUUGCCACCGGGGAGUACACCGCUAGAACUACAGGACAGCACCACUGAGGAGCCACAGAAAGCCAUUUCGGUCAAUGUACCUUCAGGAGGGAGGAAACUUCUCAGCCCUGCCGCAAUGUUUCUGCUGCUCCUGUGUCUUCUCUUCCUGGCUGGAGUCAUUGUCAUGGUUGUCCUUUUGAUUCAAGACAAAGGCCUCAAUGCCGACCUUACCAGAGCGAGAGAUGAACUACAGACAAGUAAUGGUGACAUGAAAAGCCUCAAUGACAACCUGACCCAGAAGACAGACCAGCUGGAGAAGGAAAAUUAUCAUUUGAAGGCCAUUGAAAGCAACCUCACUACAGAGAUAAAGAAAUUAGAACAGCAGCUAGAGCGCUCACGCUGUCCUGUUGACUGGAUAAGGUUUGGCAGCAGUUGUUAUUUAUUUUCCACAUUGGAAAAAAAUUGGACAGAGAGCAAGAGUUUCUGUGAAGAUCGGGAGGCUCAGCUGGUGAUCAUAUCUAGCGAACAGGAGCAGAAUUUUAUCUGCUCAUUCGGCAAGGACGUCUUGAUUGGUCUGACUGAUGAGGAGAAGGAAGGUGACUGGAAAUGGGUGAAUGGAUCGCUGGCAAUCCAAACGUAUUGGGGAGACAAACAGCCGGACAACUUUAAAGGCUCAGAAGACUGUGUUGUUCUUCUACACAGUUCAAAACUCUGGAAUGAUAUAAGAUGCGGUAAACAACAUUACUUCCUCUGUGAGAAAAUACUUGAAUGAAAUAAAAAAUGUUGUUACAAUCCUUGACUGAUUCCACAUGUAAAAUAACAGUCAUAAAGUGCACAUUCACCUUAAGUGCAAAGAAAAUGAGUGCCUCCAUGUGCUGUAUUUCUCCCAUUAAACUUCUGAGGUCCAAUAUUUCAGUAAUCUUUCAUUUUCAAUAUUGUUUUUUCGUAUGGUAUCUUGAGGCUGCAGGAAGACCUGAAUCUUGCUCCCAGUCCUUAUGAUAGCAAGCUGUCAAGGUGUAAGUGUACUUGAAUCACUUUAAAUGCUGGAAAGAAAAGACCCUGUAAAUUUCCCUCUGAUUUGAAACUGUGAUGGAAAAACUUUGAUAUGAAGUGCAGGAGCUGAGCACGUACCAAGAAAUUAAUAGUUUUCUGUGUUGUUUUCAAUUUUUUUUGAUAUUAUGUCGGUACUAUACUUCCUUCUUUACACUGGACCAGGCUUGUGGGACUUUGUAUUGAGUCUUUGAAAUAUCAAUAAAAGUUAAAUAAAUAAAUAAUAAAGGAAAUGGGAGAUGGUUCUCUGAUCGGUUUAUUGCAAGUUAUGCCCAAAACGCACCCAUGAGCUCAGAUUGUUCAAAUAGAUCUUUAUGGGUAGUGAAUGCACCACAAUGUUGGCCACAAAAUUGUGGUGAAUUUGCUGUAUCAGAAUCAGAAUCUGAAUCUGAAAGGAUUUAUUGCCAAGUAGGUUUACACCUACCUGGAAUUUUCUUUGGUAAAAAAGGUGCAUACGUUGAAGAUAAAACUUAAAAACGCAAGAAGUACUUCAAAAACACAUAAGUACUUCACAUAAGAGAGAAAUAACUAUAUAUAAAACAAAACAAAAAUAUAUACAAGAUAUAAAAAGUUAAAUAAAAAGAAAAAUGCAAAACAGGAGAGAAAUGUGGAUGUGCAAUACACUGUUAUGUGUGUUAAUGUAACACAGAAUUGAGGCGAGGGGGCGGGAUAAGAGUCCAAGUCAGAUGGGGGUCCCGGGCCUUGUUGAUAAGGCCAACUGCAGCCGGGAAGAAGCUGGUCUUGUGGCAGGAGGUUUUGGUCCUGAUGGCCCGCAGCCUCCUGCCGGGGGGAAGAACCUCAAAGAGUUUAUGACCCUGGUGGGAGGGAUCGUCCACUGUAACUGUUAAAAUAAGCAUUUUGAAAAGAAAAUGAUGGGUUUAAUAAACAAAAUAUGAAUAUAAGUUUAAAUUUAAAGUUGGAAAGGUAAUUGAGCCUUGGCACUGAACCGCUGCAAUAACGUGUAUGACUGCAAAUCAAAUGUCAGCGUUUAAUGGUAAUCAGGUGGAUUUAAAGGGAACAAGCAGAAGCCCAAACGGUGCUGAGCUUUGACUUCCCGUUUUUUCUGCUGUUCUUCUUUUUCACGCUGUCAUCAGUGUCCAGUCUCUUUCAGAAAACAGACAGAACUACUAAAAUAUAUUCAAUUUGGGUGUCUGAUGUGUGAUAGCCGUCAUGUCAGAGCAUGUGUACGCUGAUCCGGACAUCAUCAAGAAGGUUCGCUUUGCUCAAGACGUCAAGGAUAAUAUAGUGGAUAUCUAUGUCAGCGCGGAGAGCCUGAGAGUCUACGAAAAUCCCUGGGUAGAGGAUACACCAGAACCUGCAGAGGCUCAGCAACGAGCAAUGUCUGUGAUCAGCGAGAGCUCGGGACAGAGUCGUCACAUCAGGGCUUCAAUAUUUCUGGCUCUGGCGUGUCUUCUUCUCCUGGCUGGUAUCAUUGUUAUUGGAGUUCAGAAGCGAGACCAGCUAGCAGCAGUUCGCGCUGAUCUCGGGAAAACGAUCGAACAACUAACAGCCAACAACACCAUCCUGGGCAGAGAGAGAGAUGCACUGUGGAGGUUUUGUCGCAAAAAGCGAAAUCUUUCGAAAUGUAGACAACUGCUUCUUCAGAAUAACCCUGGGACAGAAGACGACGACUGAGUUGGUGCAAUGACAGUGACCAUAGUUGUGUUUUAAAACACAUUAUUAUUAUGAUUUAUUUUUGUGUCACAUUAUAUUAGGUAUCCUACUAAAGAGCAGUAUGUUUGGUGAGGAUUAAAUAAAAUAGUAACUAAGUGUUUAAUAAUUCCUUCAGUAGACCUUUUUUUUUUAAAUAAUGACUUGUGUAGAUUGUCACCAAAAGCAAAUAUUUUAUGCAACAUCCACAUGAGAUCCAAAUAAAAGGUUUUUCAGGAGGCUUGAGUUUAGCUGAAUGUUUAAAAAGUAAUUAGUAAUUAUUAAUCAGUGAACUUAUUUUUUACAACUUCUGUUCUGAACUUCUCAGGUUACCAUGGUGUCUGUGUCAGCUGCAAAGAAUGUAUUGUCUGAUCUGGCGCAGCUUUUGUACUAUGCAUGUUUUCUCUCUGAUUAUCUCCUCAUUUUUUGUGGUAUUGUACACGGAAAUGACCAUUUAAAAAAAUGUAAGAGAUUAAUAACCCGACACCUCCAUUUUAAAAUUAUUGUCACACACAUUUUUCAGUAGCCAAAUGAAAAAUGUGUAAUGAUAGAAAGGUCACAAGGUGAAGAUAGACAUUGUCAAUAUGAAUGUUCAUAGAAAGAAUCAUUUACUGGGUUGAAUUACUGUUAAUUGUGUUAAGACGGAAAUAAGAACAUUUUACAUACUGUAUGAAUAAAUGUAGCUUACCUGAUUAUUAACCGAUCACAUAGACAUUGUUACUGUGACGUUGCUUUAUCCCUGGUAAUUACAGUUCAACCCUUUAUCCCUUGAAAAUAUGUUGAUCAACUACAAUUUUGCUUGUUAAACAUCACUAGUGGCUGAGUUUAGUUCACCUGAAUGUUUUUCCUUUGCUUCUGAAUGCACAGAAGUAAUAGAGGUGUUCAGUGUGGAUGGUUGAGUGUAGAAAACACACAGCUUUGACACCAGACACUGAGGUUCGUCUCCUGCUGUGAACAUUGCUGUUGGGUUCACGAUAUCAUCUGCUGUUCGGUAUGAACAUUUUAAUAAAAUCUGAAGCAACACAAA